GAUCUCUCUCUUUGUAUGAUAGGUAAAUGCAUUUUUCAGGAGGGCGAAUGGGCAGGCUAGUCUUCCAUCGCUCUAAUAUUAGAGGUUGAACUCUUUUCUUGGUGUUUGGUGUUUCGUAUUUUUGGGUGGCCCAUGGUGGCCGUGGUGGCCCGUUAGAAAUCCCUAUUGGCUAUGGUGGCCAUGGGUGGCUGUCGGUACCUUGCAUUCUCGACCAUUCUUGAAUCUCGACCCUCCCUUGCUUGACCCCUUGCAAAUGCUCCGUGCCUUUCAUACAGAAUGUUCAUCUCGAACCCCAGUCUUGAGAAAUUUGUUAGAUGGCAUCGAAGUCCCUACCGACCAGGUAGACAGACAGACAGCUAGGUAGAGGAUUAGACUUAUAAUCACUUCUCGACUCUUUUCUGCUCUCUGCGACCCUUUCGACCCUUUCGACCCGUUCGACCUUGGCUCCAUUUUUCUUCUGCUCAAGCUCGAGGGACGAGAUUUACAUCUUCAGCUUUCUCCACAAGCACUAUUUCUGUCCCCUCUCUUCUUGUCAAUCUUUACCUCGUAUGUCCCGUUUCUGCUCUUAGAUCUUUCGUUGCCUUACGAGACGGAACAGGAGAGAAAAAAUCGAGAUACACGAAUCGAACUUCGAUUACGAAGAAAACUUCUUUCCAUUCUUUUAAUAGAUUCAAUUCUACCCCCAUUCUGUCUCUCUUUCUUUCACCUCUUUGGACUUUGUUUCCUCCGUUUCAUUGUUGAAAUAGUUGGUUCCAAUUCUCCUGUUGGAACUAGCAGAAUUCUUAUCUAUCCAACUGAUUAUUCUUUGCACUGUUGAUCAAAACCCCUCCCUCGAACACGCUUGACGCGAGUUAUUAUACGAAUGACGACCAUCCAUUAAAUCCAUUGCAUCCAUACAUUCGUUUCGCAGACUAUCAAUUGAUUGAAAUCUGCGUUGAUUCUCCCUUGAGAUUCACUCGUUACACCAUUUGUACAAAUUAUUAUUAUUAUUGCUUCUAAUUUGUUAGUUUUACAUUCGAGACGAGCAACAUUCCACAAGGAAUCUCAUCUCCCCCGCCACUGCUCCAAUCUCAGAUCUCCAGAAAGAUCUGCGGUUAUAUACUUGCUUUCUCCACACGAACACCCUACUUCUCGAUUAAAUGUCACUUCGCUCCCCUCGAUCACCAACAGAUUUCUCGCGGCGUGGCUUCCAGCCCAUAGACGGCGGCGAUAUGACCGAAAACAUCCCCCUCACACAAGUGAAAACUGCAGCCUCUUCCACGGGAGCACGAAAGGCUGGAGAGGGAAUACUGGCAGGAAGCUCGGAAAAUGAUUCUGGCAAGGAAGAUGAGAAGCAUGGAAUGUUUAGAAAAGGGAUAGCCGGCAGAAGAAAGGUCCAUCCCACAAGAGUAGGAACAAAUGGAGAGGAGGUUUCUGUCAAUGGCUUGGGCAGAUUUUACAACACAAUCAUUAACUUCUCGGUGGUCACUCGUUACAUGUUCUACGUUGCGCCAAUUGGUAUCAUACUCGCCGCACCAAUCGUUAUCUUCGCUGUCAUGGACCCGACGGCAACCAUUGGCAAAAUGAAAUUAUACUUGUUCUUCACUUGGAUUGAGAUUAUCUGGCUUAGCAUUUGGGUUUCGAAGCUAUGUUCUAAAGCCGUACCUUACAUCUUCAUGUUUUUGUGCGGAGUUGUCAGCACUGGCGUGAGAAAGUACGCAACUAUCUUGAGAGCUUUGGAAAUUCCAUUAUCCUUGGUUGGAUGGGCCAUUACCAGCUUAGUCACCUUCACGGCCUUGACGAGUAAAGAAUUGAACAAGCUGCACAAAAAUGGCAAAGACUACGAUGGCACCCUGGAUCCAUGGGCUGACACGAUGAAGCGUGUUCUGGUGCCUACUUUAAUCUCUACAAUCUUACUCUUGGCAGAGAAACUCAUCGUUCAAUUGAUCAGUGUCAAUUAUCACCGACGCUCUUUCGAUGGACGUAUCAAAGAAUCAAAACACCUCAUCCACUUGCUCGGUCUUCUCUACGAAGCAUCCCGAACUUUGUUUCCAAUGUACUGCCCCGAAUUUGCGGAAGAAGACUACAUUAUCAGUGAUAGCAUCGAAGCCGUCCUUCAAAAGACGAACAGAAGACUAUUGGGUCAUAACAGAUCGGGUUCAAAUGCACCAAUGAAGAUUAUUGGAGAUAUUGGUCGUUUUGGUGACAAAGUUACGUCGGUCUUUGGAAACAUUGCAUCUGAAAUUACUGGAAAGCAAGUUUUCAACCCCAAUUCUGCUCACUCCGUCGUUAUUGAAGCGCUUGAGAAGACCAAAUCAUCCGAGGCAUUGGCGAGACGUCUAUGGAUGUCUUUCGCUGUCGAAGGCAAGGAUUCUUUAUCUGCCGAAGAUCUCGAGGAGGUCCUUGGCGCUGGUCGCAAGAUGGAAGCCGAAGAAAUCUUUGAAGCUUUGGACAACGAUGGAAAUGGCGAUAUCUCUCUUGAUGAGAUGAUCAUGAAAGUAGUAGAUAUUGGCCGUGAACGAAAAUCGAUUGGAAACAGCAUGAGAGACGUUGGACAGGCCAUUGGUGUUCUUGAUCAGGUCUUACUAAUUAUCGUUCUUAUCAUUGUCAUUUUUGCCUACAUUGCUUUCCAAGAUACUGGUUUCCUUACCACAUUGACAACUGCCGGCACGACCCUCUUGUCUCUAUCUUUCGUUUUCGCUGCAACUACUCAGGAGUUCCUUGGUUCUUGCAUCUUCCUUUUCGUCAAACAUCCAUACGAUGUUGGUGAUCGCGUCGACAUUAGUUCCGAAUACCUUGUUGUGGAACAAAUUUCCUUACUUUUCACCAUUUUCAAACGCAUCGACAACAUGAAGAUGGUACAGGUACCUAAUAUUGUACUCAACAACCUUUGGGUUGAGAACAUCACUCGUAGCAAGGCAAUGAAGGAACAACUCGACAUGUACAUCUCCUUUGAUACUACUCUCGAGGAUAUUGAACUCCUACGCACAGAGAUGGAAAAUUUCGUCCGUCAUCCAGAUAAUGCUCGUGAUUUCCAACCAGAUAUUGUAUUGGAGGCUGUGGGCAUUGGGAACAUGGAUAAGCUCCAACUCAAGGUGGAAAUCAGACAUAAAUCCAAUUGGCACAACGAAACAGUUCGCGCUGCUCGUCGUUCCAAGUUCAUGUGUGCUCUUGUUUUGGCCUUGCGCAAAAUUCCGAUCAACGCUCCUGGAGGUGGUGGAGAUGCUCUCGGUGGACCUGCCAACCCCAACUAUUCUGUCGCUGUGACCGAUGAAUGGGCCGCCGAAGCACGGGAUAAAUCAUCAACCACUAAAGACUCAAAACGUCUUGUACCCACGAAAUCUCUGAAAAAUACAAAUCCAGAUCUUGGACCAAUAGAUACAGAGGAAGAGGCCGCGGAACAUUUGAAUGCAAGGCGCCCCGGCUUAGACUUUGCACAUAGUAACAGUUACAAUGACAACGAUGAUAUGUCGACCUUGGGAGGAAAUAAUUUCGACAGCCAAUACAGCAAUCAAAGAACAUCUCUCAUGAAGAGAGCAAGCACCCGAGGUAGACGAAAGCCUGGAGAACAUCUACCACCGAGUGCAUUCCAGUCAUCCCCUGGUUUUAGCGUUACAAUAGAUGAGCCUUCAGCAUCAGGAACUUACGGAAAUUCUUUCAUGAAUGAAGGCUCUUCAGGUUCUACCGAGUAUAACUCUUCAUAUGGCAGUGGAAGUGGUUAUCAAAAAUAUACACCAUUCCCUGUAAAUCCAUCUGGUCAAAUCGGACGUAACGCAUCCGUUGCUUCGAAUAGAAGUCAAAUUGGACCCGAUGGGGCUGGUAUACCAUCGUCGACGUCGCUAUACCCAUCAUAUUCAGCAGGACAACAAUCAGCUGGUGUGGCUUCCAACUCGACUGCUAGCAACGCAUCACAAGCUGCACCUGGUCGAACUUUAGUCGGCAGUGCACCAGCAAGCCGAGCGAGGAGUGGAACUACAGGUGGUGUUCGACCGAAUGUUGAAGAUGAAGAAGAGUAGAGGCAGAGGACGAUGUAGCAGAAUACAGACUGGAUAGAGCCAGAUUUCUUUUUAUUACAGGAUCGGGAGUCAAACAUACUAUACCCGAAUAUUUUUGCUUGUAGUUGAUGCAUGGAUUGGCAAAAUGAUAACGAAUUUGUAUGAUGUAUUUGUUAGAUAAUGUGCUUGCUACAUUGGCUUCCGCAUUUUCUUUAGAUGGACAAGGUCGGUCGUGUCCGAUUAGAACCAUAGAUUGGCCAGGAGAAUUUAUGAAUGGAAUGGGCAAUUCAAGCAAUUUUAUGCAAUUAUUUAAACACUCAGCCUUGGAAGUCUUUGCACAUUGAGUGAGACAUGACAUAUAUAAUUGACAAUUUGAUCAUCGGAAACGCCUCCUUAAAUGCUACUAGAUCUCACCCCAUGAUGUAGUGAAACCUUGAAAGAUGAUGAGAUGAGACAAUCAUACGCCA